AUGGAGGACUCGUGUCCCUUGAACAACGUUGCGCAACAGGCUGAGGCGCAGCGUUUCCGGAAACAGUCAAAGAAAAUCGGGAGGAAACUAUCCCGCCGGCUGUCGCUCAUCACCAAAGUUCCCAACAUAUUUAACGUUAAGUUCGCUGGCUCCGAAAGUCCGUCUACGCCUCACAAAAUCGUCCAUGGCGUCUCCGCGGCCGCCGCCGACGGUACCAUCCUGCAAGCGCACGAAAUCACCGUUAUCGCUCCCGAUAAGACUCAACGAUUGAUGACGGGAUCUAGUGAUCAGACGAUUAAGCAAUUGCUGGCCGGUUUGGUAUUCGAAUUCAGCCUGGAACUGCCUGGUUAUUAUCUAGGCGGGUCACUAGCUGAAAUUGACGAAAACUCCACUAUUGAUUUUCUAGUAGGAGACAUUGUAAUUGUGCAAGAAGACCAAUUCCAUUCAGACCAAAAGCACGAAAACGAUGGAAGAUAUUGUCUUACUGAAAAAUUCAUUUACGACGAGAUGGCAUAUAUUACAUGCCUGAAAUCCGCCAAAGAACUAUAUGGAGAGCCGUUGCGUAGAAUGGACAUUUUGUCCAUAGAAGAAUAUGAUUUAAUAUUUGACAAAUUGUUGAAAGUAGCUGAUAAAUGUAGCCAAGUUGUGAAAGAAAUACAAUCUGAUAUGGAAAAUUGGGAUCCAGUAUUUGCACAAAUAGGUAGUUUGUUUAGUACCAAUUUCUGGGAUCAUUACAAUGAUUAUCAAGACGUACACCGACACGCUAAAGAGUUACUGCGCGAAAAGUCUGCGUUGGACGAGGACUUCGUGGCGUUUUGCGUGCAGAGGAAAGGAGCGGCCAAAAACUCUUUGAGGCACAUAAUCGAUCUUCCGGUAAGUGCCCCUUCAUAA